AUGCCUGUUGUGGGGGUGUGGAGGUCACCACAGAUGAGGCAGAGACAGCAGGCCCUUAGUGAGAGACCAGUGCAGUUUGACGGCCUUGUUAGCUCAGUCGAAGCCAGCUGCCAGCUGUACGUCUCGAAGCAGAGCGACGUGGAUGGCUGGGCCUUGUCUGCAGUCGUGUUUUGGCUGAUGACCAGUGACAGGUGGACGUCCUCGGACUCGACCUGCUCUUUGGAGUCAGCACAGUUUUGGCCGCCCAUCUUCUGCCGGGUCUCAGGACGUCGCGGCGUUCUCGGCAAGAUCAACGGCACCAUGGACCCGUACGAAAAGAAUGAGGUCAAGCGCUUCCCUCUGUUUGCCGGUGUCCAAAGAAAUCCCCAUAGAUAUCAACAAUGCACCGCCAGAACAGGCGCCACCACUUCCGAGUCUGGAAACGCCAUGUCCAUUCUGUACGCCUUGCUCAUAUUGGACAGCUGCGGUACCGAUAUCUCGGCAUUUGCAUGCGUCACUAUAAGAAACGACGGCUCGCGCUUCACGCCUGACUUUGCCGACGUCCCCAUUGUCCUAGGCCCCGACCAACGGACGUGGGCAUCGUCCCCAUGGAACCUGCCCGACGCCUCGACGGCUCCGUUGGCCAGGAAUAUCCACGUCUACUUUGCCGACAACGGGCUACAUCUAUGCUGGGACGUCGUUAACACCUGCGUCGUAGUCGGCCGGGACCUGCCCGAGUCUGAGAUAGCCGGUCGCUAUGUUUUGCCGCUCUACAUCGACCAGCUCGACGUCCUCCACAUCAACGGCAGGGCCAAGGUCUGGUUCGGCCUCUCCGAAAAACGCGCCAAUACGACAACAGCUGCGUCGGCGUCGUUGUUGUCCAGCAUAGCCGUCUGGAACGGUGAUCUCGACACCAUCAGCACCAUAACCCUGGGCAACCGCUGCUGUGCCGACACCAACUCGUCGUCGCCUACGUACUACGCGCAGGUCGUUACCGACAGCAGCAACCCGUCACCCAACAACCAGCCGCCGGCCUGGUACUCGACAGCUGGCCUGGACCGUGGCACCACCACGGACAGCCUCAACACGGUCGACUCUGUGCCGGGACAUGUGGUCCAAUUUCAAGCCACCAAAUUUGUACUGAUCCAGCAGUGA